UUGACCAUCACCACCUCCACCUCGAAUUCGUAGUUCUUGUUCUGAGUUUCUCUGCUUCAACUGGACAAGAAAGUGAUUUGAUUUGCUAGUAAGAAGUGAAAAAUGGUGAAGAUCUGUUGCAUUGGAGCUGGCUAUGUGGGUGGCCCUACCAUGGCUGUGAUUGCACUCAAAUGUCCGAGCAUCGAAGUUGUGGUUGUAGACAUCUCAGUUGCUCGCAUCACUGCAUGGAACAGUGACCAACUGCCAAUUUAUGAGCCUGGGCUUGAAGAUGUGGUAAAGAAGUGCAGAGGAGUCAAUCUCUUCUUCAGUACUGACACUGAGAAGCACAUCUCUGAAGCUGAUAUCAUAUUUGUCUCAGUGAACACUCCAACAAAGACCUGUGGUAUUGGUGCAGGCAAGGCUGCUGAUCUAACAUACUGGGAGAGCGCUGCUCGUAUGAUUGCUGAUGUUGCAAAGUCUGACAAAAUUGUGGUUGAGAAAUCCACUGUUCCGGUUAAAACUGCCGAAGCAAUUGAGAAGAUUUUGACGCACAAUAGCAAAGGCAUCAAUUUUCAGAUACUAUCAAACCCAGAGUUCCUCGCAGAAGGGACAGCCAUCCAAGACCUUUUCUAUCCAGACCGUGUGCUCAUCGGCGGGCGGGAGACACCAGGGGGUCAGAAAGCUAUAGAAACACUGAAAGAAGUUUACUCCAAUUGGGUUUCAGAAGACAGAAUCAUAACCACAAAUCUAUGGUCUGCAGAGCUAUCUAAGCUUGCAGCAAAUGCAUUUCUGGCGCAGAGAAUAUCAUCAGUGAAUUCCAUUUCGGCAUUGUGUGAAGCCACUGGAGCCGAUUGCAAAGAGGUGGCCUAUGCUGUGGGGAAAGACACGAGGAUCAGUCCCAAGUUCUUGAAUGCCAGUGUUGGCUUCGGAGGGUCUUGUUUUCAGAAAGAUAUACUCAAUCUGGUUUACAUUUGUGAGUGCAAUGGCCUUCCAGAGGUAGCUCACUACUGGGAACAAGUUGUCAAGAUCAAUGACUACCAGAAGACGAGGUUUGUCAACAGGGUUGUGGCAUCAAUGUUCACCGCUGUUUCCGGCAAGAAGAUUGCAAUUCUUGGCUUUGCAUUCAAGAAGGAUACUGGAGACACAAGGGAGACUGCGGCCAUUGAUGUUUGCAAAGGUCUAUUACGUGACAAAGCUAAGAUAAGCAUAUACGAUCCUCAGGUCACUGAAGACCAGAUUCAGCGAGACCUUACGAUGAACAAGUUCGACUGGGAUCAUCCGAUACACCUUCAGCCAAUGAGCCCUUCAGCAGUGAAGCAAGUUACGGUCACCUGGGACGCGUAUGAAGCCACCAAGGGAGCUCAUGGAAUCUGCAUUCUUACUGAAUGGGAUGAAUUUAAGCAGCUUGAUUACAAGAAGAUUUAUGACAAUAUGCAAAAACCUGCAUUUUUGUUUGAUGGCCGGAAUGUUGUUGACCCAGAGAAGCUCAGGGAAAUUGGAUUCAUCGUCUACUCCAUUGGUAAGCCUCUGGAUGCUUGGCUCAAGCACAUACCUGUAGUGGCUUAAUUCUGAAUACAAUGUAUCCAAUUGAACUCCAAAUGAGAAGCUUACUGCUGAGUUUCAUCAACCUCUAUAAUCGAAUGAGUUAGUGAAUGAACUCAAUUUAGAUGAAGAUUUCUUCUUAAUUGGAAUUUUUGUUCUUCUGAUGUACACUUCAGCAUGUUUGAAUUGAUCAAUGUUUUCUCUUUUGAA